AUGUUGGAUUCAUCAUGGCUCUGGUUUACGCUUGUUCAACUCAUGUUAAUUCUUACAAAUGGCAAGUUCGACAACCGACUAGUCGAUAAACAUCAAGAAGAUCAUACCAAGACCGCGAGUUCAAAUAUAAGAAUACCUGAAGAUAUCAAAAAAUCUGAUGCCCAUGAGGAUGUGUUCGGAGCUAAAAUGUAUCGGUCGCUUUUCUCAGUAAAGCAUCGCGAACAAUUAAAUGCAGUAAAGAGUUUAUUGGCUAUGAAGUCAAAGCGGGAGAAGUUUCUUUUAGAAUUAGUUCAUAGCAUUAUAAAGGUUAUUGUUAAUGGAAAAAGAAUAAUCGAGAAAGCGGAGUUUAGUCCAAACGAUACCUUUCCUACUGAAGGCAAAAAGGAUUUAAGAGAUGCUAUAGGAAAUGUUGUCGAAAAUACGGUUUUCUACUCUACUUUAUUAUUACAUUUCCCAACUGUGUUACUCAGCACGUUUAAAAAAGAUACUGAUUGGCAAUUGGUGUUUGCAUGGGCUUAUAAAUUUACUUUGGCAGUUCGAUUGCAUGACGAUGCUGCAGAUAAAUUGCUUGACUUAGCUGGUCAACAGCUAGAUAUCAUUCCAAAAAGGAAUGACUUUUAUAAUCCAUACGACAAGAAAGCCAUCAAGGAUCAAAUGGAACGAAAAGCAUUACAGAAAAUGGAGGAGGCUUUGCAUAAAAAGCGAGAACAAAAAAAAGUGGAACGUAAAAAAAUUAAGAUUAAAAAACCAUCGCUCUCUAGAAUUGAGUUAUAA